AACCGAAACGAGCGACAUUUGCCGUGCGUGGAUCAGAUGACGAAGAAGAAGAAGACUGGCGAGCAAACAUGUCCAAUGCCGACAAGAGGGCCGAAUUUCUACGACUUUGUGAACGCGCAUGGGAUCUCUUCCACUCUUGAUCUAAUCUGCGCUACAUAUCAAGCGAUUCUCUGCCAUAUUCUUAGCACACGAUUGAAUGCUUUUACAUACGCGACGCCCUCAAAUCCCUGUUUUUUUCUUCUCGUUCAUCUGUCUUGGAAAGAGCAAGCAACACGACAUCAAUUUUUUUUUCCUGGCUGGCUGGAUGGGAUGGGAUGGGAUGGAUGGGAUGGGGUAUUUGCUGUUUUUUUUGGACGGGUUUAGGGAAUCGGAAAGGGAAAGAAGGGGGGAAAUCAAAGCCUCGAUUUUACUUGUUUUUUUUUUCCCCUCUCAUAGGCAGGGUUGUGGUGGUGGUGGUGGUGGUGGGCGUCAUCGCGAGAAAAAUUUGAAGGUCUUAAUGGUGGGAUCUUGGGUAGGUAGCGGGGUGGUCGAUGGAUCGAUGUGUAGGUGUGUGUGGAUUGAAUGGGAUGGGAUAGGAUGGGAUGGGAUGGAGAGAGAUGGAGUUGGGAGAUGGGAGAAGGAAGGGAGAUACUUGACGUUACUAGAUUCUUCGAAUGCAAGCUUUAUGUUUCUACUUGACUACUACCCUACUUACUUACUUACUAUGAGCGAGAGAUUCUUUAGCUUUGCGUAUGGAUACAUACGGUGA